AUGAGCCACAUGCAUGUGCUCUAUGCUCACGACCACAACUGGACCUUUCGACUGGAAUCUCUCACCCCAGACGAUGUUUGGGACGUCGCAUUGAAGAACUCGGAGCAUCUCGUGACAGUGUAUGAUGCGGCAAGCAAGACCGUGAGACGCCGCCCCCUCAAGGAGCUGGUCGCCAACAGAGUCCCUUACCGAAGUAGGGGGUGGUGCAAAGCAGAGGUGGAGUGGUCCUCGUGCAGAAGCAAGUCCGAGCAGAACCAGUGGAUCGACGCUCCUGAGUCGGAGGCUGGCGGCGGAUGUGCCCAGCUGCAGGGCAAAGUCCCAAUGACUCCGGAGCUUUUCCAAGAAGACAUGAGGAAAGCCGAAUUCACGCAUCGAGACGAUGCCGUGGCAGUGCUAGAGCUGCAGCGGAAGAUCUUCCACCAGAAAGUAUCGGAGUGCCAAAGAGCACUACGUGCAAAUCUGCCGAAGGGCGAGUUGAGCCAGUUGGCCAAAGCUUUGAUCCACUACAAGAAGCUCAAGGUCUUGCACCUUCGCAACAUGGACGUGUGUGCAGCAGAGGCCGAGGAAUUUGCCAAGGUCCUAGCAAUGAACAGCACGAUCACAGAGCUUGAAAUAAGUGUCGCUGGCUCCGUGCGUGCCGAGUGCGGGGCUUUCUGGAAGUCCUUGGUGGAGAUGUUGAAAAGCAAUGCCACCAUCACCUCCCUAAACCUCGGCUUCAACGGCAUCGGAGACGACUUCAUUAAGGCCUUAGCUGAGACAUUGGCGACCAACAGCACCCUCACCAGUGUCGAUCUCAGGGGCAACAGCAUCACCAGCGAGGGCUGCAAGGGCUUGGCAAAGGCGUUGAAGACUAAUGGCAGCAUCACCACACUCGACCUCAGACAGAAUGACAUCUUGGCUGGGGGCUUCAAGGCCUUCGCAGAGGCAUUGACCACUAAUCGCACCAUCACCACCAUCAACCUUGACUACAACGGCAGUGGCCACGAGUGGCUUUGGGAGCUGCAAGAGAUCUUCAAGACCAGGAAAGAGUCCACAGUGCCCAUUGUCGAAGAUGCCGCUGCAGCACAGUCCCAUGUGUGGACCGGAGAAGUGCGCAUCCAGACCCUCGCAUCACGACUGAAGAGCAACAGUAUCACUACCCGCCUGGGCCUGGAGUCCAACUUCUCCAAUCAGCAGAGGAUCGGAGUCGAGGGCAUCAAGGCAUUGGCACUUGCUUUGAAGACCAACCGAACCAUCACCAAAAUCAGCCUCAAAGAUAACUACAUGGAAGACGAGGGCUGCAAGGCCUUGCGGUGCGCAGGAGGCCUUUCCAGCUUGGAUGCCCCGUCCGUUCCCUGCGAGGCUUUGGCCGACGCAUUGGUGACCAACGGCGCCCUCGCCAGCAUCGACCUAGGAUCUAAUGGCAUCGGGGACGAGGGCUGCAAGGCUUGA